AAUUGAAAACGCAGACGAAGGGAGGGAGAAAGAUGGCGAGAACGACGAUCGAUUUCACCGGCUUCGGAAACAAUGUCAGUUCUCCGAAGAAGAUCUUCAAUCGCCGACGAAGCUUUAAAGAUAUCCAAGGAGUGAUCUCAAAACUGAAUCCGGAGGUUCUGAAGACGGUGAUUACUUCCGGCGCCUGUGUUGAGCAGAAGAUGAAUUUCCACGGAAAAUCUUCUUCAUCUGAAUACGGAAACCUAAUUGCAUGUUCGGGGCCGUCGACGCCUCAGACGGACGAUCAACAUUGCACCAGCCUAACUUUAUUCCCGUCCUUGCCUGUCCACUCUGCCUCAGAGUCCUAUAAUGAUGGCAAUAAUUGUGAGGCUAUUUCUGAAAAAUUACCUUUGACUAUCUUCUACAAUGGCUCCGUCACUGUGUUCAACCUUCCGAAGGAAAAGGCGGAGAAUGUAUUAAAGUUUGCUGGAGAAGAAGCUUAUAAUUGUAAUUCCAGAUAUGGCCAUAAUAAUCCUGAUUCAUCAAAUCAUCACCAUAUGCUUGAAGAAGAAACACGCUAUGAUCUUUCAAUGGCGCGCAGCAAGUCACUUAGGAGGUUCUUGGAAAAACGCAAAGAUAGGAUAACCCCCCUAUAGUUGGCAGCUCGUGGAAGUCUCUGUAUAUGACCGAAUCGAAUCAGAGUACUGCGGGGCAGAAGAGAAUGACUAAUUCGCUUUUGGUUUUGGUUCAGUACGCAUGUACUUUGAUCAUUUGACUUUAAAUUGUGUCACUGUUAGUUUUAAUUUAUAAACUAUGUUAUUGUUUUCUUAAAAUGUAAUUUUAUUGGUACAACUUGAAAAGAA